AUGACAGCAGGCGACUGCUUCGAACUUGGGCGGAUUUUGUAUAAAGAGUCCAGUUAUGACAACAUAAAAUACGCACGUGAAUUCUUAGUUGAAGCUUACAGAAAAUACAACGAAAACGAAAUGUAUUACCCCUUUAAUGAAGUCGAUAUAAUAGAAUAUAUCAGCAUGGCUUGUUCUAAAAUGGGAGACAUUGAAAGCGCUUUACACUGGACAAAAGUUAUAUUAGAGAUAGAUCCAGAACACUCUCAGGCUAUGGAAAUAAUCGCAUAUUUCCAAAGAACAUUAGCUACGGAAAAAAAACUUAUUGAAUCUGGAGGACAGGUAAAUAGCGACGAAGAACAGGUAAAUUUCACUGUUUUACAAGCUACAUACAAGGCACUCUGUCGUGGAAACAUGGAUAUACCUGCAGAAGUAUCUAAUAGAUUGACAUGCCAUUACAUAAGUAAAAACCAUCCGUUUCUAAAAAUAGCUCCUUUUAAAGUAGAAAUGAUGUACCUCAACCCAGACAUAGUUUUCUUUCAUGAUGUAUUGAGUAAUGAUGAAAUAGAAGCCAUCAAAAAAAUGGCCUCGCUUAAAUUCACACGUAUCACAGAACAGUCAUUUACGGCAAGCGACCAAACAUUCUCGUAUGACCAUGAGCGCAAUAUAUCAGUUUGGUUUCAUGAUGCGGAAUCUGACACCAUCGCACGGGUCUCACGCAGAGUAACACAUAUGACCGGACUUAAUGUUGGUACAGUACAAAAUCUAAACAUUUUCAAAUAUGGAUUUGGUGAAGACUAUAUUCCACACUACGAUUUCAAUAACAUGUCCAAUGUAGCCCUGGGAGGUGCUACAGUAUUUCCGGCCCUAGGUCUGAGUGUGUUCCCGACAAAAGGAGGCGCAGUGUUUUGGCUCAAUGUACACACUUCAGGAGAGGGUGACUUCGCCACGUUACAUGCAGACUGUCCGAUAGUCCACGGCUCCAAGUGGGUGGCGUCUAAAUGGGUCUGCGAAUGUGAUCAAGACAUCUUAGGACCCUCCUGUAGUGACAGAGAAAAUCCAAUUCAUAAGUUGUCCCGAUCGACUUCUUUAGUACUCAGGUAA